AUGGAAACAGAUAUUGAACUAGUCCUUCGCAAGUUGCUGGAUGGCCCUCCUGAUAAAUCAUUGAUAUUUGUGCUUGGUUCAAGAUCAAGAUAUUUCUUUGAGAGCGAGCUCCCAAAUGGACGGUUUGCAUUUUCAUCCUUGCGAGCCGUUGAUAACAGUAGGCGAAAUAUCAAAGUGAUGUUUCUUGAGAAACUGCAAUAUCUUUUUAUAUAUUUAACUAAGUUCGAAGCUGAAGGUCUUAAAAGCUUAAAACAGGUGAUAAUAUAUGGGUUGGAUGAAUUAAUAAAAUGUAAUACUGCUAACUUUUUAAGUGCCAGCCAAGUACGGCUAGCAAAUCUAAUUUAUAGUAUAUCAUUUCGAGUGAUGAGGCGACAUAAUGUGACGGUUCAAUUCGUGCUGUUUAGGUCACCUGGGAUUAAAGAUUUUGAAUCACUAGAGAACUAUUGGCGAUAUAUUACAUAA